AUGUUUCUCGCUGCAGCACCUUACUUCCAGCACCGUUUUCGCGGGGAUCGAUGGAUUCUCAACCACUUUCAAGCCGCCGAGGUCUCGGUCUCGACGGUCACGAAUCUCGGGUCGAUGAUAGCAUUGACCAAGCUGCAAAAGGGGGCGUCAUACCCGAGGCGAAUAUCCUUAUCCCUCGUGCUCAGCACUGCAGUGUUCGCUGUGCUGUCUCUGUCAACACUCGUGCCCACGUCCGCAGGCGUGUAUUUCGGCUUCCUCCUUGUGGCCAUCUUCGCGGCAAGCUUCUCUACGGGUCUACUACAAAAUGGAUUGUUUUCGUUUGCAUCAGGAUUUGGAAGAAGCGAGUAUACACAGGGUAUUAUGACGGGACAGGGUGUCGCGGGUGUCCUCCCACCGAUGGCGCAGAUUAUAUCUGUUCUGGUGGUCCCGGCUGAGAAAGACGGCAAUGGUGCAGAUGCGGCCGACGAAUCUCCCACUUCAGCAUUGGUCUAUUUCUUGACGGCCACUGCCAUCUCAGUCAUUGCUCUCUUUGCCUUUUUUUAUCUCUUGAAAAGAGAGGCCAAAAGUCGAGCUCUCCAAUCGGCGGCAAAAUCCACGGCCAACGAAGCUUCUGAAGGCGAUGCCUUGACGACAGGAAGCCUUGCAGCGGCAAGAGAAGAGGGUACGGACGACGUCAUCGAGCAACGGCCUUCAGUACCGCUACACACGCUCUUCAUGAGAAUGCCUUUCCUUGCGUCGGCGGUCUUUGUCUGUUUCGCUGUGACGAUGGUGUUCCCGAUCUUUACGGCGUCGAUCCAGUCUGUCAACAACAUUGACUCGGCAAUAUUUAUCCCAAUAGCCUUCCUGCUAUGGAACAUAGGCGAUCUGGCUGGCAGAUUGAUCACACUGUGGCCGAGGAUCUCCCUCACACACUAUCCGUUUGCCCUGUUCUGCAUCGCAAUGGCACGUCUUCUGUUCAUCCCAUUGUAUUUCCUCUGCAACAUCAAGAACAAGGGCGGAGUGGUGAGGAGUGAUUUCUUCUACUUGGUCAUUGUACAAUUCCUUUUUGGCUUGACAAAUGGGUAUCUAGGUAGUGAGUGUAUGAUGGGAUCAGGACAAUGGGUGCUCCCGGAAGAGAGAGAGGCAGCGGGAGGUUUCAUGGGAUUAAUGCUUGUCGCCGGGCUUACUGUGGGGAGUUUAUUGAGCUUCAUGCUUGGGGAUAUUUAG